AUGUCCAUUUUCAAGCUGCCAACAUCUUUGUGUAAACUUGUUGAACAGGAAAUUUCCGGAUUUUGGUGGAAAACUGACCCAAACAAGGUUGGUGUGCAUUGGAAGAAAUGGGAUUUGCUAAAAACUGAUAAGGAUGGUGGAGGACUCGGAUUUCGAGAUUUGAUGGCUUUCAACAAAGCGAUGCUUGGGAAGCAGGCUUGGCGACUAAUCCACCAACCUGGCUCGUUGUGGGGUCAAGUUUUUAAGGGGUUGUAUUUUCAUUCGGUGAAUUUCCAAAAGAUAGCUAGAGGUACACGACCUUUAUGGGGAUGGCAGAGUCUCCUUCUCGGCCGAGAGGCCAUCCUACCUCAUAUCAAUUGGUCGGUUGGGGAUGGCAUGCAUAUACGGAUUCGGGAAGAUAAGUGGCUACCUAUCGGCACAAUAGGUGGACCGGUAACUAGGGAGGAGCCAGAACGGGUGGCCAAUCUUAUUGAUCCUCUCACCCAAACAUGGAAUCUUCCUCUGAUUCAACAGCUAUUCAAUACUCCGAGGAUUGAUGUAUGGAUCACGGAACGGGCAACAAAUCAAAGGCUCAUACCUGGUUUGGCAACAAUAGCACAGAUCUUGUGGCAAGUCUGGUGUAUGCGCAACAGCUGGAUUUUUCGCCAUAGACCACCGGAUCCCCAUCGAGCGGUGGAUGACGCCCUUGCCCUGUCCAGCCUCCAAUCUUCCUCAGUUGUGAGCAACUUUAGCACAGGUAGAUCCAGAACAGGGGCGGCUAUUGUUGACACCGUCCAUCUGUGGAAACCUCCAGAACGCGACUUCCUCAAAUGCAAUAUCGAUGGAUCUUACUACCCAAGUAGCCAAGAAGGAAUGAUGGCAUGUUUUAGUCGAAAUCAUCAGGGUAUCCUAACAGAUGUCUACACCAAGUGGUUUCUAGCAGCCUCAGCAUUUCAAUUGGAAGUUCAAGCGCUCACCUUCACUCUACAUCAUCUGAGGAAUCAAGGCAUCUACAUGGGAAAGAUAGUAAUUGAAUCUGACAGUCAGAUCUUGGUCGAUAUCGUCCACGGGAAGAAGAAGUCACCAUGGGAAGAAAGAUCGCUCUUCAAUGAAAUUGCAGCUCUGCUCCCCGGAUACCCUAGCGUGCGUCAGCGGUUACAUUGCGGGGAGGCCAAUGGAGCAGCCGACUGGGCUGCCAAGGCCCAUGGCAGACUUGACCUAGCCCAUAAUUGGAACAUCUUUACUCCUUACAUUUUGCAGGAUCUUGUUGCUGCUGAUGCAAUAGCGUCGGGAUGUACUUUGACGAAUGCAUAA